AUGACUAUUGUUUCUACAGACACCACCAGCCGUCUUGCUAAACUAAGAGAGCAACUCAAAGCUCACAGCGUUGAUGCCUUUAUUGUCCCUUCUGAAGAUGCCCACCAGAGCGAGUACUUGGCUGCCUGUGACUCCCGUCGUGCCUACAUUUCUGGCUUUACUGGCUCUGCUGGUGUCGCUGUUGUAACUACUGACAAGGCUGCUCUGUGGACGGAUGGCCGUUACUUUCUUCAAGCUUCUCAGCAGCUCGACUCUAAUUGGAUUCUUCAAAAGUCUGGCUUGCCUGGCGUCCCUUCGAGAUCUGAAUGGAUUGUUUUAGCCAAAGGCAGCCGUGUUGCUAUUGAUCCCGAGGUUAUCAGUGUUGAUGCCGUCAAAGAGCUACAGGAAUCUAUGACUGCAGCUGGAAUUACUCUCGUCUAUACAUCUAAUCUAGUCGAUACUAUUUGGGAAGAUCGUCCAGCUCGUCCUAUGAACCCCAUUAAAGUACUGGGUCUUGAAUUUACUGGUAGCAAGCACUUUGAAAAAAAGAUUGCAGAUCUUCAGCAGAAACUAGAAAAAGCCAAGUGCUGGGGUAUUGUCAUCUCUUCACUUGACGAAGUCGCAUGGCUUUUUAAUCUGCGUGGCUCCGACAUACCGUACAAUCCUGUCUUUUUUUCUUAUGCUCUGGUGACUGCCGACAAGGCGUUCCUUUACACUGAUGCUCGCAAGAUCACUGAUCAAGUCAAGGCUCAUUUUGGAUCAAAGGUUACUGUCAAGCCAUACGAGUACAUAUUUGAUCACCUUAAAGUAUUCAAGACAGAAAAGCUCGAGGAAAAGUCUGCCGAGGUAAUAGUUUGGAUUGAUUUUCGCUGCAGCCUGGCUGUCAAGGAAGCUCUUGGAGGAGAUGCAACACGAUCUCCUGUCCAGGUUGCCAAGUCCAUCAAAACCGAAGCUGAGCUUGAAGGGUUCAGACAGUCGCAUAUUCGCGAUGCUGCUGCAUUGUGCCGCUAUUUUGCUUGGCUUGAAGACGAACUUGUUAACAAAAAAAGUGUCAUUUCCGAAGCAGAGGCUGCUGACGAGUUGGAAAAACUUCGAGGCCAACUUGCUAACUUUGUUGGGCUGAGUUUCGACACCAUCUCGUCCACUGGUCCCAAUGGCGCCAUCAUUCACUAUAAGCCAGAGCAUGGAUCCUGUGCCAUUAUUGAUGUCAACCAGAUGUAUCUGUGCGACUCUGGAGCACAAUUCCUUGAUGGCACCACUGAUGUCACUCGCACCCUUCAUUUCGGUACUCCGUCAUCCCGCGAAAAGGACGCUUUCACUCGCGUACUCCAGGGACACAUUGCUAUUGAUAUGGUUGUAUUUCCUUUUGGCACCACUGGUUAUAUUUUAGAUAUUCUUGCUCGUGCUCCACUCUGGCGUGCUGGCUUAGAUUACCGCCAUGGUACUGGUCACGGUGUUGGCGCAUAUCUCAACGUGCACGAAGGUCCACAUGGUAUUGGUCUUAGAAUUGCCUAUAAUGACGUCAAGAUGGAGCCCGGUAUGACGGUCACCAACGAGCCUGGAUAUUAUGAGGAUGGUGCAUUUGGUAUCCGUAUCGAGAAUGUGCUGCUAGUCAAAAAAGUCGAGACUGCCAACCGAUUUGGUGACAAUGACUACCUUGGAUUUGAGCACGUCACUGUUGUACCAAUCCAGACUAAGCUCAUCGACACUGGUCUUAUUUCUCCAGAAGAGAGAAAAUGGAUCAAUUCCUACAAUCAUGAAUGCUUUGAAAAAGUGUCUGGUCUGUUGUCCAAGGACGAGCCUGGCUACAAAUGGCUUGAGCGCGAGACUCGACCAUUUUGAAAAUAUCUUUUGAUUACUUGUGAAUAUCUAUUCAAGAAUCUGGGUUUCUGGACUGAGUUUAGAAUUCUUAUUGCUAACUUGUUACACUGAAAAAUGAAUAUAUCGAAUUUUGGU